AUGGAACACUGUAUUGCUGAGGGUUUGAUGUUGAUGUACCUGGCAAUAUGGUGUACAAGGGAAAGUCGUUUCACAACUGCAGGCGAUACAAUUGUUGCUGUGGAUAGCCCUUUUGGACGGUUGGGGCUUACUGUUUGCUAUGAUUUGAGAUUCCCAGAGCUUUAUCAAAUUUUGCGAUUUAAGCAUCAAACACAGGUAUUACUAGUACCAUCUGCAUUCACAAAGAUAACUGGGGAGGCACAUUGGGAAAUUCUCCUCCGUGCUCGUGCAAUUGAGACACAAUGUUAUGUUAUUGCUGCUGCUCAAGCUGGAAAGCACAAUGAAAAAAGAGAAAGCUAUGGUGAUUCUAUAAUUAUUGAUCCAUGGGGAACAGUGAUAGCUCGACUUCCAGAUCGGCUCUCGACUGGAUUUGCAGUUGCAGAUCUUGAUUUAUCAAAAGUUGAGGCUGUGAGAACUCGAAUGCCAAUCUCAGAGCACCGGAAGUUCGACAGCGAUUGGAAAUCCAUGACUCUUUGA